CUCUUCCUCUCUGGUUCGUGUCCACCCACCAAACAGUAUCGUUUCCGGAAUGUUCAUGGCUUCGGAAGGUUCAGAAAUCCUGGAAUUUGAUAGCUAACCAUUCACUGGAAACAAUAACAAUCAACUUUGACAAGUGGUUUCGUCAUGCGGAUCUGGUCAGUUUUAUUUACGCUUGAUGCUUCUCGUGUGGACUUUUUUUGCAAUCUAGCUAGCCAGCAACUAACAAGUCAACAGACUAUCUUCCAGCUGAUCAAAACAAGGUCAAUUGACGAUGCGUUCCACGCAAUUUGGAUGUUGUUAGAAGACCCCGCCCUCUCUCGGCAGCCUCAGCAAGACUUGGAGAAAGUGUGUUUUCUAAAAUUCACAACUAGUCCACUUGAAGCCAGAAUCAUUGGUGAUGGCCUGGGAGAUGGACAGCUCACACGGACCAGGGUCACCCCAAAGAGUUCUGCCCAAAACGGAACAUUCCGAGGUCGAACUGGUCUCCAGAGGUCAGGAAUCCCUCCCUACCUCAUGUGUCAAACAGGAGCGUACAGAAUUAUUUGUUACGAACCCUGAGCCUCUGAGGCCAACGCACAUCAAAGAGGAGGAGUAUGAGACCACAGUCACGCCCCUUUUAUUACUUACCAAAGAGGAGAGUGAAGACAAGGAGAUUCCUGACUCUAAACCAAUGACACUUGAGCUUCACGACCCAGCCAGCCAAUCAUGUACAGCCCGAGAGGAGGAGAAAGCCGAGGUGAAGAAGUCUGGAGGAGUGUUCCAUCCAAAGAAUUCCUGUCUCCCUAAGCUUCAGGCCCCCUCUCAGCCCUCGGCAGCUGCAGGCUCCAGUCCUGUGAGUAGGGAGGAAGAUGAGACGGAACCAGAGGUACAGGAGGACCAGGGCCAUGGAGACUGGCUAGCCCCCGUGGAGGACGACGAGGCCCUGGGUGAGUCCCAGCGUCGACGGGGCUUUGAGUCCGCCAGCCGCUCCCUUUCUUCCAUCCUGGGCUCCGACUCAGAGUCAGACGACAAGGAGGGUGAAGAGGACCCCACCUGGGCACCUGCCGACCCCCAGACCCUUCAGGACGACCCAGAUGCUGACAUCCCCGCUCUUCGAGAGGCGUCCCGACUGUGGCACAGGAAAAGAACAUCAUCGUCACGAAGUCGAGGCAAAAGAGUUAGAGAGGGAGGUAGAGGUGGUGUCUCCUUGUUUCCAGAACCCAAAAAGAAGCCCAAAAACUUUUCCUGCCAGGAGUGCGGGAAGGCCUUCAUAUCCCGCCGUGACCGGGAGAGGCACAUUCGCACUCAUAGCGGGGAGAAGCCGUUUCCCUGCCCCAGAUGCGACAAACGCUUCAACGACAGUGGGAACAUGCGUAAACACAUGCUGAUCCACUCUGGGGAAAGGCCCCACCUCUGUCCAGACUGCGGCAGGGGGUUCUCAGAGAGGGGGAAUCUCAGCAGGCACAGGGCCCACAUCCACGGCAGUAUGCCCAAGUCCGAAUGUGAAGACUGUGGGAAGACCUACAUAGAGAAAGGAGGUCUGGACCGCCACAUCAGAUCUGGAGCCUGCUCUGCAACAAGAAAAACAUGACAUUUAUAAAUGAAAAAGGUUCCUACAAUUACAGUCCCGUUUCAGCUAGUACUGCCUCCAGCGAUCAAACUAUCAAAUAUGGAUGGCGACUUAACGGCCGGUGACUAGAGAGCUCGCUGGGAGAGUUCGGUGAUUCCUUACUGAAGGUAUUUUUCGCAGCAUUAGGGGGUGGGAAGUUUCAUGAUUCGAGAGAAAAUAAUGACAUUAUGAAAAACAGUGCGUAUGAACUGAGAAGCUGUGUAGAAAGAUCAAUAUAAUAGAUGAAGAGAUGAUCUAGUCUAUAUUUAGUAUUUUACUUCCUAUCAAUACCUAAAAAAUAUAUAUAUUUUCAGUCAUUUUAUUUUCGCAAGACUCAGUUAAAUGACAAAUGGAAAUGGAUAACUGAAUUUAAAGUUUGUUCUCCCUGAGAGAGCUUUCUCCGUGAGUGCCUUUAUGAGUGAGAGAAGUGCUUUGUGAAUGUGAUGAUCUGUACUUCACUGUUAAAGUAAACAAUCAUGUAUUAA